CAGUUUAGCCAAGCGAUUGCGACGACGCAGACCUGUUUUUUUUUCUCUACGCGUUGUGACAGUCAAUCGCGGUUUCUUCGCAUCCGACUUUCUUUCGUCUCUAUAUAUACUUCAUGCACAAAAAGACUCAUUACAUCGAGAAGGAAAAUCAGUGUUUUGCUAAGUUUUGUUUUUAUGUGAUAUUAUUUCCACGUAGUUGAUGUGUGUGGCUUCGAGGUGAAUUGUCAUUUUUCUUUCACAAAGUGGAAAAUAAUUUGUAGUGCAAAGUUGUGUAUUUUAUCCGGGUGCGCAAGCGGAUUGUUUGUGAUUUUUAUCUUUGUGAGCAAAAUACAAUAUAGCUAAUCGAUUUGACAUAAAUCAUUUGCGCAGCGAACUCAAUCCAACAUAUUCGUCGACAUUUCCCACCAUCAUUUACAAUAUUCAAUUAUUCAUGAGACGCCCACACGAUACAAAGCUACAAAUCCGUAUUGAGCAAACAGGAUAGGUGUGUAUACACAUACUCGCCGAUGAGAAAAGGAAAGUAAACACGACCGAAAGCAACAAGUCUGGAAUCUUUUUUUGUGGAAUAAUUCGAUUCAAUUAAAUGAACGUGACGAUGUCGACCGGUGAGAAUGUAAAGUUUCGUUCGACGCCAAAUCAAGAAGUAGCCCGGCCAUUAAGUACAUACGAUAAUUUAAAUAAUGAUCCAAAAAUGAAUGGUUCGAAUGCACGUGAAAAUGGUGAUACCAUACAAAGAACCGAAAAUGUAAAUGAGUUUCCGUUUAGUGGCAUCUCAUUUCGCUUCGAUGAAUUGAAACAACUUCAACAGCAAAAUACAACACCAACCGUACACUCGUCAAAUGGCUACGACAAUAUCAAUAAUAACAAUUAUAAAUUACAUCGUAACAUAAAUUCAAAUGUAAACAAUAAUUCGCAUGUGAACGGAAAUGGUGUGAACAAAAUUCGUAGCCAGCAAGGCCAUACGGUGACAACGAUUGCACAAAAUCAUUCAUCAUCGUCGUCCCCAUCGAAUAGCUCGUCAUCGACAUCGUCGUCAUCAUCGUCGUCGUCAUCCGAAAAUAGUUACAAACAUUCAUCGCUACAAUAUGCGAAUUUAGCCGAAAAUCCAAUUGUUAAUCACAGCAAAGAAAAAACAAGACCGGUUUUUAGUCCAGCAAAAUCACAAUUUUUGGGUUUACAUAAACCAAGUGACAACAAUGAACCAAAUGAGAAUGGUGUGAUCACGAAAAAAUCUAUAGAUAAAAGAGACGAACGUGACCAUACAGGUGAAUCGUCGGCGAUUAGCGAAGACGAACCACUUUUAAAUGGAUAUGGCACACGAAUUACACCGAUGAGCCUGAAUCGACCCACAACAUCGACACAACAAUACCAAAAUCUUCCGAGCAAUAGUUCGUGCUAUGGACAAAAUCAAAUUGACGAUGCAAAUGAUUGCACGUGUAUGUGCGGAGACAGUGACCCUGGCACCGAAAUACGACAAUAUGAAAGCGAUCAUUAUAAGUGCAACGGAUGCUUGAAUCGAAUCACCAACGCUACGGCAAUUAGUGUCAUUCCAAUUUCAUCGAUGAACGUACCGACAUGCUCGAAAACGGUUGAUCUGGCGUCAUGUUCGACGUCAAUGAAACCGGCCAAAUCAACAACACUUGACACCAGCUCCAGCUUUCGCAUGAAUCAAUCAUCAUUGUCGCAGGCCGUUUACAUGUCAACCACUGUACCGCAAAAUAUAAAAGGAAAUAAUAUAAUGGGCUCACACUUACCAACACGAAACAGUCUUCGUCACAGUCGAAUGCUCGUUGGUAAAAAAAGCUAUCAAGUGGUGAGACGUCGUAACCCGUUAAGUAUUCGACAUCCAAAUUCGGUGAAAUAUUUAUUCAAUUUACAUGUAUUAGCUGGACUGGGUGUUUCUUGUCUUGGCCUUUGGUUGUGCUGGUGGGCACCGAGCACCAGUGCUCGUGAUAAUCCAUAUUGGAGCGGUUUAAUUUUAAUGUUAUCCGGGAUUUUAGGUAUAAUUGUGCUUGCAUUUAAGCCAAGACCGCGUCAAAAGCUGCGUCAACAUUUCAUCACAUUUUUACGUAUCAAUUCGACAUUUGUAACAUUUAUUGCGGCCGUAUGCACAUUUGUGGCAUCAUCAUUUGCUGUAUAUCAUUUGACAAAUAUAUUGUCGCCAAUGGCCGUGUGUCGACCCGUUCAUAUUUUAGUCGAUAGUUCAGCGUGUACUUGUCGAUUUGACGGUAUAUCGACAAAUGUAACGGCUACUGGUGUACCAAAGGCCGAUGCAGAGAUACUCAAUGGCAGUUAUUAUAGAGACUUGAGUUGCAACGAAGUGAUGGGACCAUUCAAAUACAUCUUAAUUGCAUCGGCAAUACUGAAUUUUAUUGGUUUUUUGAUAUGCUUUACACUUUUGAUAUUGCUGUGUAUGCGACAAAAACCAGUAAAACGAGUUCCAUACAGCACUGUGAGCAGCCGACACCGGCAACUCUGAGAGCCGCAAUUCAUACAGCAUUUAAUUGAUAUUCUUUGCUUUUUUUCAUAUCGCACGCACAAAUUUGUAUAUAUAAAUAUCUUUCAAUUGAUAGCACUUUGAAUAGGAAACUUCUUUUGACUAAAUUAACGAUUCUUCGCAACAUAUAUUAGAUAAGUUAAUAUAUGGAGAGAUAGAAAAAUAUGUGUACAUGUUGGAAAAGUGCUGAACUUUUAUCAAUUCAUUUUUUGUUUGAAAUUCCAUUUAUAUAUACAUGCAUAGAUUCACACUAUUUAUGAACUCACAAAAAGUAAUAUUAUUGCUUAGGUAUCUCUCUCUGUCUCUUUUACUUUUCAUCGAUAUAUUUUCUUUAUAUCAUUUAUAGCCGAUAAUUUUUCCUACUAAAGUAAACGAUUAAUGUAUUGGGCGUUAUGGAAAUACA